AUGCAUUUUUGCAAGAUGAAAUUUCCGCCCAAUUCGAGCUCAUUUCAUCUCCCGGAGGCGCUCAUUUCAUCUCCCGGAGGCGACGAUCAAGAUGAUGACAGCAAACGGGACUUCGUAUCGGUCCCCGGUUCGUCUUCCGUAGAUGACGAUGGAGACGACGACUUCGAGCCUCCCAGGGAUUCAAGCAACUCGAGCGAUACGCUGCAAGAACGUUUGAACGAGAUUGCUCUCAAGGCAGACCAAAAGACUCGAGAAGGAAGAAAAAGAGGAUCCCGUCGCGCGAGAAAAUCUGAUAAGCGUAGGCGCCGCGAGUCCGGCAUGGAGAGUUAUGGCACUGAUGACGGGAGCGUGGCGGAUACUGAUUCGUUGCCGCCAACAGACGAGGAACGUGAAGACGCGGAUGUCGAAAACGUGCGGCUGGACCUCCAAGACCCGAAUACUGAUCGCACGCCUCGGGUCCGACGCACGGAAUCAUAUCCAGAGCGCGUUGCCUUGGAAAGAUCUCGCAGCCCGAGACACUCGGACCGUGAAAAAACACAACUCCAUGAGUGA